AUGAGAAUAGCUAGAAUUUUUUUUAUCGGCGAGAUUUUGUUAAUAGCAUACGCUAACGACAAUAAUGUGUGUCCCACGUUUAAAGACUAUUAUACCAUGAAGAAUAACUCGAAUUGUUGGUAUGAUUUAGCUGCAGAAUACAGUGCUCCAGAAAUUAUAAGGCUUAUGGGUUAUCCUGUUUCUGUAUACACUGUUCAAACUGCCGAUGGUUAUUUACUAACGAUGUUUAGAAUACCGAAUUAUAAGAAUGAAAAUUCGAAAACUAGAAAACAUCCAGUUUAUUUACAGCACGGAAUUGUAGCUACUUGUGCUUCUUUUUUGGGAAAUGGAAAAAAUUCCUUGGCAUUCGUACUUGCUGACGCAGGUUACGAUGUGUGGUUGGGAAAUUAUAGAGGAACAGCAUAUUCAGAAGGACAUAUCAAUUUAACAGUCUAUGAUCAGGAGUAUUGGGAUCACAGUAUGGAUGAAAUAGCACUUCUGGAUUUACCAGCAAAUUUCAAUACUAUCUUAGAACACUCUCCACCUGACAGUAAAAUAAUAUAUAUUGGACAUUCCUUAGGAACAUCCUUAUCUCUAAUGUACAGUGCAGAAUAUCCAGAAAUGUCAAAAAAAGUUAUAAAAAUGAUGAUUCUACUAUGUCCUGCGUAUACUUUAACUCACAUGGUAUCCCCAUACAGGAUACUAGCACCGAUAGGAGAUUUUAUAUUAGAUUUCAUAAAAAGACUUAGAUUGGACAGAAUAGUGUCUCAAGCUGAAGAACAAAAGAGAUUGAUUGUCCCUCCUUGCACAGAAUCUCCGGAAAUGAUGCAGAAUUGUAUGCAAUGGUACAAUUUGUUUUAUGGACGAAACACCGAUUUGGGACCGGAAACUAUUCCAGUUUAUUUCAAUCAACUACCAGGUGGGACUUCAAUAAAAGUUGUCAAUCACGCUGCCAAUCUUGUAUUGGGUUAUUUUAGAAAAUAUAAUUACAAAAAAUUCAAUAACAAAUUGUAUGGUCGGGAUCAUCCGCCUGAAUAUGACAUUAAAAAAGUCAAAGUUCCUGUAUAUCUAGUUUAUACCACACAAGACUGGGCAACUCCUGAAGCUGACGCUCUCAAUUUAUGGAGAAACUUACCAGAGGAAAGUCGAUACGGAAAGUUGAAAAUAGAUAGGAAAGCAUUUAACCAUAUUGAUAUGGUAUAUGGGAGACAUGCAAGGCAAUGGGUGUAUGAUCCUCUAAUACAAAUUUUGAAUAAAUUCAUCAAGUCAUAG